GGUCAGCAGGGGAGUGUACAAGAGUCAGUAGGGCAGUGUACAGGUGGUCAGUAGGACACAAAAUAGGGGUCAGCAGGGCAGAGGAUGGGAUAUCAGCAGGGGAGUGUACAAGAGUCAGUGGGACAGUAUAUAGGGGUUCAGUGGGCACAGGAUAGGGGUCAGCAAGGCAGAGGAUGGGAGGUCAACAGAGGAGUGUACAAGAGUUAGUAGGGCAGUAUAGAGGGGGCAGUAGGGCAGAAGAAAGGGGGUCAGCAGGGCAGAGGACAGUGGUCAGCAGGAUGGAGGAUAGGGGUCAGCAGGGCAGGGUA